AUGUUUGCCUUGAGCCAAGUGGGACGUCGAGGCCGAAGGCAGCUCAGAUGCGCUCAAGGGAUUUGCGAGGAUGUUCGAAUUCAUGAGUCGAAGAAGCUGAGUCUUGAAACUAAGCGAAGCACUCGAACAAAACGCGGAAAGUCUUCAGCGUCAAUUGUAAAUUUCCCAAUUUCAGAUAGUCUCAGAGAAACUGUAAAGACAUCCUUGCUGGACCAGGUGACCAAGGAUGAGAGCAAAGCUUGGAAAGACAAGUCCGGAGUCAAUGGAGUAAAUAUUGAGAUUUCAUCUCUCCAUGAUCCUCUGGAUGACCUAUAUCCAGUGACAGAUACAAGGUAUUGGCCUCACCUCCCACCAAACGUCCAAGUCAAUGCAGACCCUUUUGAACUAUCCAGAGUGGAGGUCGAGAUGCUCUCAAAGUCAAUACGAGAUGACCUCGUCGGAUCGGAGCAUCCGGUUCUGACCAAAGCAGCGUCCUACUUUUUUGACAGUGCAGAUGGUGGAAAAAAAAUUAGACCGAUGAUGGUCAUGCUCCUUUCGAGAGCACUCGCCGACACCGUAGGCGACGCCCAAUAUGAUCAAGAAUCACUAUUCACAAAACCUUUGAAAGAACAACGACAGGAUCUUCCAGCGGCUCAACGUAGACUGGCAGAAAUAUCGGAAAUGAUACACACCGCUUCUCUUUUCCAUGAUGAUGUGAUUGACGGAUCCGAUACGAGACGAGGAAUGGCAUCGGUACAUAUGGUUUUUGGAAACAAAAUGGCGAUCCUUGCUGGUGACUAUCUUCUUGCACGGGCCUCAAUUUGUCUAGCACGACUACGAAAUGUGGAGGUUGUGGAGACCAUGUCUACUAUAAUUGAGCAUUUGGUUCGGGGCGAGGUCAUGCAAAUAAGAGGUAGUUCUUCAUCAGAUGGAGCCGAAGAAAACAUGGUGUACUAUUUGAAGAAGAACUUUUUCAAGACGGCUAGUCUUAUGGCUAACUCCUGCAAAAGUGCCGCAGUCCUGGCUGGUUGCUCACCGGAAUUGGUCAACGCCUCGUAUAAAUACGGAAAGCAUGUGGGCAUGGCUUUCCAGCUUGUCGACGAUGUCUUGGACUUUGAAGGAAGCAUUUCCUCAAUGGGAAAGCCUGCACUGGCAGACUUGAACGCAGGAUUAGCAACAGCUCCUGUGAUGUUCACUGCAAGACAAUUCCCUGAACUUGAGGAAAUGAUGGAUCGAAAGUUCCGGGACGAAGGGGAUGUAGAGCGAGCCCAACAGUUAGUGUUUGAAAGCGACGGUCUAGAACAAACAAAGCAUCUCGCACGGCUCCACGCAGAAAUUGCGAUGGAAGCUCUGCUCGAACUAGAUGACAGCGUCUAUCGCGAUUCUUUAAUAAACUUGGCCUAUAAAGUGGUAAGCCGAACGAAAUAA